AUGCGGUGUUUUUUGGGGGCCCUCUACGCUAGCAGAAGAGUGGGCCCUGGGGGUGUCGCUCUCACCAGUCCAGGCACAGCCCUGAGCCCCCGAAGGAUGGAAUGCCCCUCAAUGAGGGUCGCCUGGCCCCUGGCCCCCGUUUCCAGGGUAGGAUCAAUCAAGGAUCAGCUGAUGAAGAAUAUCCUUGAGAAAGAGACUAUUGACCGCAAUAAGAUCUCUAUUGUAGGGGUUGGUUCUGUUGGCAUGGCAUGUGCCGUCAGUAUUGUAAUGAAAGAGUUGGUUGAUGAACUUGCCCUCAUAGAUGUUGAUGGAAACAAAGUAAAGGGAGAGAUGAUGGAUCUUCAACAUGGAAGCCAAUUCAUUAACAUGCCUAAUAUUGUCUCUGGCAUAGAUUUCAAAGUGACUGCAAACUCGAAGCUGGUUAUUGUCACGGCUGGUGCUCGCCAGAAAGAGGGAGAAGAUCGACUUGAUCUGGUUUAUCGAAAUGUGGAAAUUUUUAAGUUAUUCAUUCCAGAGAUUAUCCAGUACAGUCCCAACUGCAUAAUUCUUGUUGUUACCAACCCAGUGGAUAUUAUGUCUUAUGUUGCCUGGAAGCUAAGUGGUUUUAGCUCAUACCGUGUCUUUGGAAGUGGCUGCUCUCUGGACACUUCUCGUUUUUGUUUCUUCAUUGGGGAGAGGCUGGGUAUCAAUACCCGUAGUUGUCAUGGGUGGAUCCUUGGAGAGCAUGGCGACAGUUCUGUGCCUAUUUGGAAUGGGGUGAAUAUUGCUGGGUUUCCUCUGAAGAUUUUGAAUCCAGACAUUGGAACCAGUAAAGACCAGGAGCAGUGGGAAACUAUUCAUAAAGCUGUGGUUGCCAGUGCUUAUGAAGUGAUCAAGAUGAAGGGCUAUACCUCCUGGGCUAUUGGCUUGUGUGUGGCAGACCUGACUCUCAGUAUUAUGAGAAAUAUUAAGAAGGUACAUCCAGUUUCUACCUUGAUUAAGGGCUUUUAUGGCAUAAAAGAAGAGAUCUUCCUCAGUCUUCCCUGUGUUGUGGGAAAGGAUGGUAUCACAGAUAUUUUGAAAAUAACUUUGAGUCCUUUGGAGGAAAGUCGAUUAAAGAAGAGUGCAGAUACUCUCCUUCAAGUACAGAAAGAUCUUAAGUUGUAAAGUCAUUUAGUGUCCUAUCACUAGAGAAAAGGACAGUAGAUAAGAAUUGUAUAUGCUUAACUUUUCAUAGCAAUUCAAUCUUUUACUUGACUUGUGAUCAAGCACCAAGUAUAAAGCAAAAAUAGAAAAGGUCUCUUUAGAAAUAGUAAAUGGUAAGGUUGACUUCUGUUCAAUCAUAUUGCUUGCAUACUAAUGUUGGAUGCUAUAUUGAAUAGUUAUUAAGUGAUUGAAGCAGCUGAGGUUCAAGUUUCUACCUCGUAUGUGCUGUAUGUCUUAUGUCUAGAACAAUCUCUGAAUUUGUUUUUUUUGUUAGAGAAUUUCUAGUUAGUUCUUUGACAUGGACUAAUCCAUCAGCCUCAUUGAUGAUCUUGUGUUUUACAUUAAAAGCAUUUCUGUGUAUAUGUAUGUAUAUGAAUAAAUAAACCAUGUGGAGUUUUUCAUGCUGAUAUAUUUCUGCAACCACUUUUUCUACAUGUCAAACCAGUUUCAAUACCAAAUAAAUUAUUAAUAGCUCUAAUGAA